CUUCCACCGUGUACCAGGCUGACUGGCUGCUGUGGCCACAGGGACCCACAGCCUCAGCUGGACAUUAAUCAUGGGAACCAUCAUCUCACAGAUCUUCUCCAGGUUCAAGACUCCUGUCAGGAUUUUAAUGGUGGGUCUGGAUGCUGCAGGGAAAACCUGUCUGCUGUACAGACUGAAGCUGGGUAAGAUGGUCACCACCCUCCCAACCAUCGGUUUCAAAGUGGAGACGGUGAAAUAUAAAAACAUCAGUUUUGAUGUUUGGGACGUCCGUGCUCCGUUCGACAGUCCGCUGUGGAGACAUUUCUACCCCAAUACUCAGUUGGACGAGGACCAACUGGCUGAAGUCCCUGUACUAAUCUUUGCCAACAAACAGGAUUUGCCACAAGCCAUGUCGGUCAGUGACAUCACAGAAGCUCUGAACCUAUCAGGAGUGAAGCAACCGUGGUUUGUCCA